GACGCGCGUGGCGAGACGCCGCUCCUGGCGGCGCUGCAGCGCGGGGGCGGCGGGGCGGCGAUGGCGCGCGUGGUGGCGCUGCUCGCGCCGCGCACCGACCUGGCGCGCGCCACCGCCUACGGCGAGACCGCGCUGCACCUGGCCGCGCGCACCGACCGCCCGGAGCUCCACGGCGCGCCGACGGCCGCGCGCGACCUGCGCGGGAACACGGCGCUGCACCUGGCGGCCGGGCGCGGCUUCGUCCGCGUGGCGGCGCUGCUGCUGGCGGUGCCCGGCGCCGACGCCAACGCCGCCAACGCAGACGGCUGCACGCCGCUCCACGUGGCCGUCGACAGCGGCUUCGUGGCAGUCGUCAAGCUGUUAUUGGAUAUUGAACAGUGUGAUCUGCAUGCACGUACGCAGCUAGGCCAAACACCACUGGAUUUGGCUCAAGAAGAAUAUCGAAGACGUUCAACUCCCCAGAUGGCUCUUAUCCUCCUCCAAGCUAUGAACAGAAGGGAAGAGAAGUCUACAUCAUAGCAAUGGCACUCGUUUUGUGUUUAAAAGUAAAAUACUCAGUCUGAAGAAGAUAAUAUGAAGGAAAGUGAAGUGCUGUGUGCGAUUUCCUUUUUCUUCAGUAAUCAAUUUACAUUAUUAAGUUUUCAGAAAUUAUAUCAAUUCAGAAUUGCUGAAUGUGCUGAAAGUAUACAAUGUUUGAAGUUUAAAUGUGAAUUGUAUUAGUUCCUAUUUAUGCAAAGAGGUAAAAAGUGGAUUCCAGCAUCAUAUUUUCCAGAAAUUUCAUCAAUAGAUACUGCUUAGUUUUUAAAUCGGUCUUCUUAACAUGCAGUUUUUAUUUGUACUUUAUCACUUAUGUAAUAUAUUUCAGCAUGGUUCUCUACAAUCGAUUUGUGAUAUAAAGAAAGUAAAGAAAAAAUGUAUUCCUCAGACUUCUUUAUUAGGAUCCUGAAAUAAAAUGGGUACUAUUUCUUGAGUGAAUCUCAAAGGCAAACAUAGCAAUGUUUAUGAAUAUCAAUAUUUUUAAAUUAUUUAUUUCAUUAUGUCCAUUGUUAUAUAUAUAUAUAUAUAUACACAAAUCUCAUAAUGGAAAGUGGAAUAAAAGGAACAGUUUAUGGAGCCCUGCACAGGUCUUCAAGUAGACGGUAUUUGCCCAAGAUCUUGUGGGUUCCCUUUCCAGUUAUAUGUAUUUAUCGACCCUUUGGCAUUCCAUGUGCUUUAUAUCAAUUCCAUGUAAUUUUUCAUACUCUCAAGCAUGAAUAUCACAAUUUUCAAACUUGUGCAGUAACAGCAGAAGCAUUUAAAAAACUAAAAGAAUAUAAUAUUGGCAAAAUCAGAGCUGCAUUAGAAAUAUUCUUCUUCAAGGGUGAUUAUAAAACAUACUGCAAUUCUCAAUUAUAUUCAUAAUUACUGAUCAGGUUAACUAACAACCCAAGUGAUUUGCAGACUGAUCCAUUAUGGAAUGUACGUCCACUUGUCAACUGUAAUACUGCUACACUGCAUAGUUUAUGCUACUUUGCAGUACUAAGGAUCUGACCACAAAAAUGAAUGUAUCACCAAUGGAAGAAAAAAGGGAUACAAGAAAAUAAAAGCCCGUAGAUUUUUUGGUAUAAGCUGUUUGGUAAUUUCAGACAAAAGAACAAUGCAGAAGUGAUAAAUAACAUGUCUUAUAUAGCAGCAAGAAUAUCAAUCUUGUAUACAAAUUGAAACAAAAGAAGGAAUCAAAAAAUAUUUCGAGAGGAAAUACCAUUUAAAUUUGUUCAGCAACAAAAUUGUUGUUCCAACAUACAUAUUCUCAGUUAACAAACAUGCUAGCCUAAAGCAGCAGAAAAACCAGCGGUGCCACUUGUUGUAGAGAAGCUCUCUUAGUACAAAAACAUGUAUUUUAGAAUGAUAGCCAAUUUGUUAUUUUUGUAAAUUCAGAUCUGAAAUAUAAUAUAAAGCAUAUAUAGUUUUAAUAAAAUAAUC